AUGCCGCCAACUAACUCUGUCAAUUCUUCUGAAACACCACUUCCAUCCUCCUCCUCCUCCUCCUCCUCCUCCUUCUCCUCAUCAUCAGCAUUUAACUCAUCCUCCUCCUCCAACACCUCCUCCUCCACCAUCACUGCCCCAACGACGGUCGCCCGGCCGGCUGUCUCCCACAUCAUCAACACUGACACAACAGCCGACACCGACCCCAAUUCCGCCGACUCCAGCGAUGAGGAUCAGGACUACAUCUGCCCUUACUCCGACCGUACCUUCACCUUGCACAUCGGCCUGGUCAGUCACUUGCGAAUCCAUCGCACAGAGGCUGGCGAACCAGUGCCUGGAUCACCAACCUACACACACCGCACCCGCCUCCACUGCCAACACUGCACUCGCACCUUUGUCGAAAUUAGAGUGGUUGACAAGAUAAAAGUUCCCAAUCUAAAUUCAGGGACGACGGAGUGA